AUGCUUCCGCAUUUGGAGAAUGGAUGGCAGGUGGACCAAGCUAUUCUUGCUGAGGAAGAUCGUGUUGUUGUCGUGAGAUUCGGUCAUGAUUGGGAUCCCACGUGUAUGCGAAUGGAUGAAACGCUUUUCAAGAUUGCUCCUAAAGUGAAAAAUUUCUCUGUGAUUUAUCUGGUUGAUAUUACCAAGGUUCCCGAUUUCAACAAAAUGUAUGAAUUGUACGAUCCUUGCACAGUGAUGUUCUUCUUCAGAAACAAGCAUAUCAUGGUAGAUUUAGGCAACAGUUUGAGGUUAAUAAAGAACUUUUGUUUUGCAUUGCGUGAAAUUACAGUGUUUUUCAAAUUGGUCAUGAGUACGGGUAACAACAACAAGAUUAACUGGCCCAUCACUGAUGGACAAGAACUUAUUGACAUAAUCGAAACUGUUUAUAGGGGAGCACGGAAAGGCCGAGAUCUCAUUAAUGAGUUGGCGUCUUUCAUGACGAAUGCCAUUGGUGUGUUGCAAGCCACAGCUCCUCCAUGUGACUUCGAUCGUAGCAAUCCGGAAUUGGAAGAGGAGACGAACUGUCAAUUAUUUGCGGCACAUAUAGCGAGAACGGCGAAGGAUGUCGAAGUGCUGAUCGACUCUUUCCCUAUUGAAGAUGCUGGAAAUGGAGACACUGUGGAACAGUUACUCCAGGUGGAUGCCGAGAGGGCAAAGGUUGCUCGAGAACUAGAGUGCAUUGUUACCGAUGGUGAGGAUCUCGUCCAUCGGAUCCAGAAACGGUUGGCAGACAUCGCACGUGUUCAGAUCAUGUCCAGGCCAUCAUGCUAA